UGCGCAAAGGAGCGUUGUGACACACGGAAGGCUGGUGAUCUGAGUGACCGUAGGAGAGAAGGGUUCACGUUUUGUUUAUUUAAAAAACUAUCAGAAGUCUAUACCCAAAAUGUCGGGUUUCGACAGCAACCCAUUCGUACAAUCUGUGGACGUCAAUCCGUUUCAGGACGCGUCGAUUGCUGAAGCGACCAGCGGGGGACUGGAAACACGAGAUGAAUUCAACCCGUUUUCAGGCGAUGGACUGGGGAGCAGUAAAACCAUUCCAAUAUCUGCUGCCUUAUCCCAACCUGCUGUAUUACAGGCCUCUGUGGAGACUAACCCAAAAUCUGUGGCGGCCGCCGGAGCUGCUAGUCUGGCCAAGCAGCAGGAGGAGCUUGAGAAGAAAGCCGCCGAGCUGCAACGAAAAGAGCUGGACCUCCAGAACCUGGCCGCGGGCAGAGGACUACCCUUGAGUGAGCGGGUUAACAACUGGCCACCUGUCCCAAGGAUUUGCCCAAUAAAGCCCUGCUUCUAUCAGGACUUUGAAGAGGACAUCCCAGAACAGUACCGCAAAAUCUGCAUACGAAUGUACUACCUGUGGGUCUUUCACUGCGUCACUCUGUUCCUGAACGUUUGGGCCUGCCUAGCUUCCUUCAUAACAGACAGCGGGAACGGUGUGGACUUUGGCCUUUCCAUCCUCUGGUUCUUUCUCUUCAGCCCUGUCGCUUUCAUCUGCUGGUACAGACCCGUCUAUAAAGCCUUCAGGUCGGACAGUUCCUUCAGCUUCUUUUUCUUCUUCUUUGUGUUUUUCUUCCAAGUGGCCGUGUACAUCAUCCAGACAGUGGGCAUCCCAAACUGGGGUAACAGUGGAUGGAUCUCGUCUAUAUCCAUGAUUCGUGUCAGCGUGGCAGUGGCUGUAGUCAUGAUGGUGGUGGCCGGUUUCUUCACAGUUAACGCUGUCUUGGCUGUCAUCUUACUGAAGAUGGUCCACUCCAAGUACCGUAACACAGGGGCCAGCUUCACCAAGGCACAGACAGAGUUCUCCCAGGAGGUCAUGGCCAAUCGGUCCGUCCAGUCGGCCACAGCCAGUGCUGCUACGUCUGCAGCCCAGGGCAUGUUUCAGAGGAACUAGGGAAACCCUGGGGCACUUUGUGGGGCACUGUUUACGUAGGUUUCACACUGAAAGAUGGGUAUAACAUUUUAUAAAUGACUCUUAAAUUUGUGUUAAGCAACUAAUGUCUUGUCCUAUGUUAACACUGGAAUAAUCCUGAUUAAAUAUUAAUGAGCAUAUAUUACCUCAGGGUAAUGGCUCCCUUUUUAGACGUAAAAAUGUCAACGUUGUUCCAAAGUCAAAGGCAUGAGGUGGAUAAUUCUAAGGUAGAUUGAAAAUGUUAGCUCAGGGAUAGAGAUCAUACACUGGCCUCGUUCAGAGCAAGAAAUUAUACAUCUACAAAUUUUUGAGCAUGUAAUACCACAUAACAUGGUUACAAAGAGCUUCUCCUGUGUAUCAGCAUUUGUCUUAGUAUAUGUACCUCAUUAAUAAGCAUACAAUUAUUUAUGUGUUAUAUUUGGUAGGCAGUUUAUUCAAUGAAGUCACUUGUCUUUUGGUAACCUAAUGAUCUAGCCUACCAUCAUGGCUUCUUUCUUUGACUUUCUUUGACCGAUAGAAAAUGAGAGUUCUGUAAGUAUGAUGGGCACUCUUCUUAGUCUUAAAUGGUUCCUCAUCUUCUUAUUGGGGCAUAUUUAGCAUGCCCAAGCUGCUCUUCCGGGGGGAGAGCAGCCCGCCCAGGAGAGCGUGUGCGUGCGUUCGUGUGCGUGUGCGUGUGUGUGCGCGUGCGCGUGUGCGUGUGCGUGUGCGUGUGUGUGUGUGUGUGUGUGUGUUCUAACAUCAGAUACAGAGUUGGUCAGGGCACCUAAAGCUUUCCAAAGUGGACCAGUUAAAAUGAUUAACUCAUUCUUUAAAACUUUUCUGUGUAUAUGUGUAUAUAUGUAUUUAUUCAGCCUUUUUAAAUAUAUUGUUAGUAUAUUGUCUGAUAUCACAGUUUCUGGAAAAUAUAAAAAAGUGAUAUUUAGACUAGAAGAAUACAUUUUGAAUUCUAAGCACAGAUUUUGUGACUAUUUUGAAUGUAAAGCUGGUAUGCCUGAUUCCUCAAAUGGCUCUUUCUGUCCAAAUAUAUAUAUAUAUAUAUAUAUAUAUAUAUAUAUAUAUAUAUAUAUAUAUAUGUGUGUGUGUGUGUAUUAGUUUUUGCACUAUUCUGUCCAGUUACUGAAAAUACAUGAAGGGAGAUUUAAGGUAUAAUAAAGAUGUGACUAAACUGAUACAUUGUUAAAAAAUAUGGUUUAAAUGUUCAUCGGGAAAUCUACUAUAGAACCUAAUAGUCAUUAUCGGUAGGAUGGGUUUUUGUUUGACAAUGGGAAGUUUUAGAGAUUAAUUAUGAUUGAUUAUUCGAAAAAUGAGUCUUGAAGGAUAAUUAUGAUGGUUGUGAUUCCAACUAUAAUUUGUCUGAGCAGUUUUAACGCUCCAAAGUGUGAGUGUAAACAGACAGUUUGAAUGUUUUUCUGAGGGCUGUUGCGCUGACUUGUAAACUGCAAUACUGUUUAACCUGACCACCACUUGGUGCAUGCAAGCCUUUGGAGUUGAAGUGCAAUUCGAAAAAUGUUUUCUUUGUUUUAAACAAUCAUAACACUUUUCAUGAAUAAUGCGGUGCAGAAAUCUGCAUAAUAAAAGUGAAAGUGGUAUUUUGUCUUA